AUGGAGAAGGCCACGAUGCCCAGCGCGCCGGUCCGGACGCUCGCCCUCGCCCUCCUGCUGCAGGGCAUCCCCGGGGGCGACGCGGCGCCCAACCCGUCGCCCCUGGUGGGCUCCAACUGGGGCAGCCCGCGGAGGUUCUUGCACCUGCAGACCUCCACGGAGCUCAGCAACUUCUACUUGGAGAUCAAGCUGGACGGAACCGUGCGGAGAAGCACCAGCAGGAAUCCGUACAGCGUCGUCAUGCUGAAGGCGGACACCAGGGAGCGCGUCGCCAUCCUCGGCGUGAAAAGCAGCCGAUACCUGUGUUUGGACCUGGACGGAACCCCCUUCACUUCAGCUGUGUGUCUGCGCGACGACUGCGUGUUCGAGCACAGACUCCUGGAGAACAACCGCGACGUCUUCUACUCUGUGCGCACCGGCAUUCUGCUCAAUCUGGAGGGCUCCCGCCAGGUGUUCGCGGCCGGACACAACCUGCCGCCCACCUCGCUCUUCCUGCCCAAGAGCAGCACUGUGCCGCUGGAGCGCCUCCUGUUGCACCGGGAGAGGCGGAACCGGCCGCGGGACCCCGCCGGCGCCGCCGCGGGCUCCGACUCCCGGGCCGUGCCGGAGGACGACGACGCUGAGCUGGAGCCGCAGGAGCCCGGGGACGACGGCGCCAACGUGUCGCGGGAGUUGCUCCGGGAGCCGCCGGCCCACGACCCGUGGAGUGUACAUUCGUCGAACCCUUCCAGCCCGCGCGGCAGCGGAACCGUGAGAUGA